UUCUCCUGGAUAGCCAGCCAUGAUCGCCACUGGAGGCCUCUUGAGGAUCUCAGCCAGAAAACAGGAUCCCUUGCGGCCUCAGGGCCAAGUCUCCAAACACAAGCGCAAAGCAAAAAAAAAACUCAAGAAUGAUGUGGUAGUGGUGAAGGGCAAGCUCAAAAUCUGCUCCCUCUCUGGCCUCAUUGCUGUCUGUGGCAUUCUAGUGCUGCUUGUGGGGAUUGCCUUGGCUGUGGUUGGCUACUGGCCCAAACCCCUUUAUAGGACAGGGGGCCUUGGCCGCAGCCCAUUAUUGAAAUCAUAUGGUAAUGUCCCUGAAAGCCACACCAAGAACUACACACAAGAAACCAGAGAAUCUUACCUAGAAGGCACCAAUUCUUCUUUCUCUGGCAACCAGAAAGCACUUUCUCCUCUGCCUGCCCCAUCAUCACCCUCCAGCUCAAAAAAUUUGCUUUUCCAUCUUUUCUCUAGAUAUUUGCAUUCAGACAAGCUCAAAGUGCUUGGGCCCCUCAUCAUGGGUAUUGGCAUCUUCCUCUUCAUUUGUGCCAAUGCAGUGCUGCAUGAGAAUCGUGACAAGAAGACUAAGGUUAUCAAUCUGAGGGACCUGUACUCCACUGUCAUAGAUGCACACAGCCUUCGGCCAAAGGAUGGGGCUCCCUCUGUUGUGGCCUCGGUCCCAAUAAAUGGCUUUGUUAACUGUGUGCAAUCUCGUGGGCUGGACUUGAAACCUGGCAGCAGCUCGGGAGGAGAAACCUUAGGAGCCACUGCCACGCUUACCAAGAAUACCUGGCACCCAUCUGUGAGUGCACCCCUCUCCCCUCCUGACUUGGCUUCCUCACCUCGCUGCUUCCCCACUUCUAGACAAGAGCAAAUACCCAGCUUGGCUGAUGCCGUUUAUAGCAUCUAUAAAGAAAGAGCUGCCUUGGCCCAAAGCGUCCGUAACCCAUCUUGUACCCCCACAGAUAGUUGGGACCAACACAGCACUGCCAGUUCCAUCGUGGGCUCCUCAUUGAGCACCUUCACAUUGCUACCACUGGCUCAGGGGGAAACGGCUGAUAGAGACUAUGGUGACUGGCAGAGGCUGCUGGGUGAACGGGAUGGCCAAGAAAUUCCUCGGGGAGAAUUUGAACUUAGUCUAAAAGAUCUCAGGAGCAGCUACCUAGACACAGCACAGGAAUUGACAGUGUUGCCCAGGAUGAACAAGCGUAAAGUAGUGCUUCGACGCCAGAGCACAAGCUGCCUCCCUGAUUCCAGGAGAUACCUGUUCCCUGAGCCCUCUCAGACACUGGGUAGUAGCACUGACCUUGAUUCCAGUCUUUUAGCUAAAGCUUCAUCUUCCAGCUACUCCAGAUCCCUCGAUUUGGGGGAUUCUCAUCUGCCUACACCAUCUGUGGAUCAGAAAGGUUCCCAGAGCACUCAGUGUGAUCAGUACCGAAGCAAUAAGGGCUACACUCCAUUGGAGGAGUCGGGCACCUCCUUGGAGUCUGUUGCCAAUACCCCUGCCCAUAAAGCACCUGAAGACUGUGAAGUUAGCUCCAGUGAGGAAAUUGGCUCCUCACAGAGCACCAGCAAGGAACAAACAGAGCAGCAGCCUUUGAAAAUUCAGAGGCAGUAUACAAAUAAAGAGAAACUUUUCAUGAUCUCAAGAUCAGAUGCCAUUGUUGGCCUGGAAGAUGCAGAUCUGGAAAACAUUGGCAUUUAAAGGUUCAAAUAAGUUGGAGACAAACAUCUAAACAACUUGUAAUCCUUCUGCCCCUUGUGGAUCUGGGAAACGGGCCAACAUCCAAAGAGCCGAAGUAGGUUAUCCUUGAAUUGCAUUGGUCAAUUCUUACA